CGCAACUCGUCAACCUCGAGACGAGGUGAUAUGUUGGGCACAUCGUUUCUGUGUCAUUCUCGAGCUUUUUAUCAUUUAUAAAAAAUUAUUUAAAAUAUAUAUGUAUAUAUUAAUAAAUAAUUAUACUCGUAAACGUAAUUACAAUACUUGAAAAAAAUAAAAUAAUAAUAGUUUUUAGUGUUUUAUGAUUUGAUCGUGCUUUACAAGAAACAAGAACAUUUUUCCCUUUUUUUUUCAUAAAAAUAAAUAAAGUGAAAACGACGAGACUGAAUAAUACCACACAAGUAAAAAAUAAUCAGUGAAAUAUAUAUAAAAAUUAAAGUGUUAUGGGUACUUGAUAUAGUGACUUGAUUAUUGUUUAUAAAAAAAUUUUUUAAAAAUGAAAAAAUUGAUGGAAAAGGUCACUUGACCAUCGACGUCGAGCCACGGAAUUCCCAGGGCCGUCUGCGUCUUCUUCCAAGGGCGUAACUCUACUCGACCUCGAAAAAUAAAUAAAUAAAAAAAAAAAAAAAAUUAAAUUUGAAAAUACAUAUAACUAUUGGAAAAAUAUUUUCUAUUAUUUUUCUUUUUUUUAUUUUGGCUAAUUUUAAAACACAACAGUAUAGAAUGAAAAAAAAAAGCUCUUGAAAAAAUUAAAAGAAAAAGUUUCCCACUGUUUCUCUUUUACUAUCGUAUUUGAGUUUCAUCCCUUGUAUUAUUUUUCAACAAUUUUAUAAACCCCUCUACCUUUUUAUGCGUGUUAUGCGUGUGCGCGAGUGGAUAAUAUAUAUGUGUGUAAAUUAAAGUGCCGCAGAGAGUAGAUCUAGUAAGCCACGUGAAUCGACACAACAUAAAAUAAGAAGACAUCAAGUAGCCAUCAAGUAGCUAAAUUACAAAAAAAUUAUUAAAAUGAAAAAUAUAAAAAUAAAUAAAAGAAACAUAAAAUAUAAAUUGGAGUAACAAUCAAUCAAGACAAAGUGUACUUAAGAAUAUUUAAAAAAAUAAAACAUCAACCUUAAGAAAUAACAAAAUUGUUAAUAACUUGGAGUAAAAAAUAAUAACAAAUGGAAAAUAAAUAAAUAAUAAUCAACGAGAUGAAAAGUUACCCAAUGGCAAAACAGGUGUUACAGGAGUGUGCUAGUGACCUGUUUUCAUUUUCAAUCGAUUUAGUGCCCUUCUUGGAUUAAAAAAUAAAAAAAUCUAAACCCCAAAAAGAAAUAAAUAUAAUUAAAAAAAUAAUUUAACAAAAUCAUAAUUCAUAAUUACAUUUAUGAUAAUAAUAAUAAUGCAAAAUAUUUUUAAUUUAAUUGAUGAUCCGUGAUCAUGAUUCGUCGGACGGAUGACGCGAGUGAUAUAAUAAAAAAAUCAAGUGAUAAAUUAAUUAUAAUAAUUGUCGACAAUAAGCCAAGUAUAUUGAGCUCUGUCGACAAAUUAAAUAAUGAUAAUGAUGAUGAUGAUGAUAUCGAAAAGACGAAAUUGGAUGAUAAAAAUUAUAAUAACAAUAAGUGGCGAUUAAAUAAAAUUGUAUUUAGAUUUUAUUAUUGGUCACUGGGUGGCGGAUGACUCGUUCGGGAUCACGUAUUAUUGUAGUAUUAGACUAUCAUAUAAUUAAUUUAAAAAUUUCAUAUUAUUAUUGUCAGUAUAAAUUAUUAUUAUUAUUAAUAUUAUUAUUAAUAAAACGACAGUUGGAUUGUUUGUGGUCCUUUUGUCGUUGUAUUAUUAAUCAAAUAAAUUAUUUUGAUAUUAUCAUUGUAUCGUGAUGGCGGACUUACCCGAUAUGUCGCAUCUCACCCCCGAGGAGAGGCGCAUCAUCGAGGGUGUCAUGAUGCGCCAGAAACAGGAGGAGGAACGUGAAAAUGAAAUAAUGAGACGCAAGCAGGAUGAAGUGCAAGUGCUUGAAGACACGAUACGUGCAAGAUCAGAAAAACACAAACAAGCGGGCAUUGAGCUGGAUGCAACAUGUCACAUAUGUAUGAAAACAAAGUUUGCUGAUGGUGUGGGACAUAUAUGUAAUUAUUGUGACAUAAGGUGUUGUGCACGUUGUGGUGGAAAAGUCACUCUCAGAUCAAACAAGGUGAUAUGGGUGUGUAUAUUGUGUCGAAAAAAACAGGAGUUAUUAUCGAAAACAGGACAAUGGAUGGUUAAAACUGGUCUUGGUGCUGCUGAUACAGCAAUGCUAAGACGAAUGCAAGAAGACAUGCAAUGUGGUCCAGCUGAUUUAUCACAAGAUAAAAGGCCAAAACUUGAAAGAGCACAUAGUGCUGCUGAAAAAGAAAAUUUACCAUUAUUACAAAGAAGUGGAAGUGCAUUGAGACGUCAGUAUUCACAACAAGAACAGACUCAAACAAGGAGGAUGUCAACUAGUGAUAGUGGAGUGGAAAUGUCAGUUUCACCACACUCAAGAAGUCUACCAACGCCUCAUGUUGUUGUUGGUGGAUAUCCUCAACAAACUCCAAGACAUCCAGGUGCUUUUCCCGAAGAUGAUCCAAGUUUAUAUCGAGGAGAACUUGAUGGUCUUAUGAAACAACAUGCUCAGACUUAUCAAAGAUCAAGACAAAUUUAUCAAGAACAAAAUUCGGAUAUUUCAAUGCCUUAUACACAUCCAGGAGUUGACACAUCACGUGUUCAUUCUUCUCAACAUUCUGUACAUCAAAAUCAGAGUGGUCAUCAAACGCAACAACCACCUGGUUCAGUACCUGGCUCCAUUCAUCAACAACGGAGUUUCAGUAGUAGUGAGGAAGAAAGAAGUACACCCGAGUGUCCCAGUGAUGAACAAGAUGAAUCUGAAAAGGGGAAGGGGUUCUAUCAUCAUGGGGAUGGCUCAGCAACAAUGUCUGGUAGACAUGGAUCACAUAAUGGACAUCAUAUCACUGGACCAAUGACAAUUGAAUUUAAUGGUCAUCAUCCACCACGAGAACCACGAAAAGAGGAAAGCACACUUGUGCGUAGAAGUUUUCGAAGAAGUGCCGAUGAAUGGCGUGCUGACAGUCGGAGGUUUACUGAGAGAAGGGGGAAAAAGACAGUACGUUUUGAUGGUGGAACAAAUGUCGGUGGAUCAGAGGAUGACUGGUCUUGGGAAGCUGAUCGUCAAGGUAGCCAAGAUAGUGCCACAAAAGAUUCCGGAAUUGAUACAUCAAGUACAUUCACUAGUAGUGAAGACAGCAAUCGAGGUGACUUGCCAAAGCAACCAGGCCAAAAAACUAUUGGACACAUGAUCCUGCGUAAGCAAGCUGGUUCAACUAGUAGCAGUAAUAUUCUUGGUCUAAAAGUUGUUGGUGGUAUGCUUCUUGAAGAUGGACGUACUGGUGCACUUAUUGAAAAAGUUAAAAAAGGCAGUAUUGCUGAUCGUGAUGGUCAAUUGAGACCAGGUGAUGAAGUAAUUGAAUGGAAUAGUCACUGUCUUCAAGGUAAAAGUUUCCAGGAAGUUGCUGAUAUUAUUGCUGAAUCACGUGAAGAACCACAAGUUGAAUUAAUUGUUGCAAGAAAUACAUCUGGUUCAGCAAAUACACCAAUGAUAUCCGGUGUUCCAACAACUUUAAUGCCAAUGACAUCUAGAGGUGUAACAGGCCAAAAUCAAUGGCGACAAAAACACGAACCAAUGCCAAUACCUCAGCCACCUCAUCACAAAGGUCUUAAGAAAUCUUUAAUAUGGGAAUUAUACGAUGUUAGAAGAGACAAGCCAUCGGUAUUGGUGACAUCACCAGGCUCACCGGAUCUUCAUGCACACGGAAGAAAUAGACAUUCACAAAAUUCAACAAAUAAUACAAAUGUUAAUGGCAGACUACAAAUUAAACUUAGCUAUGAUCCAGUUGGUUUUCAAUUAAUUGUUACAAUUAUUUGUGCUGCUGAAUUAACACCAAGAAAUAAUAGCCAACUAAGAAGUCCAUAUGCAAGAAUGUAUUUACUUCCAGACACAAGUGAAAAAACAAAAAGACGAACAAAAACAUUGCACAAUACAAAUGAUCCAAAAUGGAAUGAAACAUUUAUUUAUAAUGUUAGAAAAUCAGAAUUAAAGUACAAAUCGUUGGAGAUUACUGUCUGGGACAAUGUGCAAAUGUCUCGGUAUGGUACAAAUGAUUUUCUUGGCGAGGCUAUUGUCGAGCUCACCUACCUCAACGAAAAACCACAGUGGUAUUUUUUGUCGCCUCACGAUGAACGUCGUCAUAUUGGGCAAUAUCAGGAGCCGUCUGAUGACAUUGUGAUAACUCCAGUUGAUUAUCAUCUCAGUCCACCAUCAACAACAUCACGAUUAAGUGACUCGGACACAUCGGAAUACGAUAUUACUGAUUGCGACGUGUCCAGAGAACAAAGACGAACAGCAGAUGGUGCAAGUAUCAGCAGUAUUGGCAGUUCAUCCAGGUUUCAUAAUAUGCCGUUGAAUUAUAAACGCCACUAUUCCAGCCCACCGCCAGAGAGAGACCUGUGUAUGGAUAAUGAGCAUCGGAGUCGAAGGGAUAUGUCACCUCAAGGUAGAAAACGUGCAGCUUUGAUGAUAUCACGUGAUCAACCAGUGUCCAUGUCAAGUUAUCAGCCAUAUCGAAAGGAGGAGCCAGUACGAGGUAUGAUGGGUCACAGAUCCCACAGCGCUGCCCCUAUGGAUUCACCUAACUUACGUUACCGAGGCAGAUCACAAAGUCCCACUGGUCAUCGUUCACUAUCGCCACCAGAGCACAGAUCUAUCCCUUAUUCCCAUGGCUAUGUGCCAGCAAGAUUUGCAUCAAGAUCAGCAACUGCAACACCAACUGGUUCACCUAAAAAACGACAAUUACCACAAAUACCAGCAAAAUUACAUGCAGCACUUAAAGAAAGAGUUGCACAAGAUCAUGAAGAACGUGCUAGACUUAUGAAAUAUAGAAGUCGACAACUUCAUACAACUUAUAGAAGUACGGGAAUGGGCGGCUGGGAGAAACAUUACAGUGGAUUAUCAGAUUCAGAUUUACUUUCAAUUGGUCAAAAUCCACAAUCAAUGCCACAUUCACACAGAAUGCAUCGACCAAGAAGAGGAGGACAUUUGAGUCCUGAUAAAGAUGUACUUGGUGAUUUUGGUGAUUCAGAUAUGGAGAGUAUUGCAUCAGUUGCAAGUAGUGCAUUUAGUACACAAUCAGAAAGACCGAGAGGAUCAAGAGCACUCAUACCGACAGUUAAAAACAUUUUGCUAUCCAGUGUCAUUUCCUCAUUAAGCCCAACCUCUAAACGUAAUAGACGUAAACAAAAAUUUAGGGUACCUUGCAGUGAAUGUUAUGGAAAAUUAAGUUCAAGUAGUUGUUCAACCAAAAUCCAUAGAAAUCCAAUGAAAUAUAAUAAAAAAAAUACCAAUCAAAAUCCAUAUUAUCAGCCUUUAGUACGAAGCAAAUCCGCAGUUGUUAGAAGUAUGCAUAAAAAAAUGCGUAUACCUCUAACAAGAUCACAAACACUUGAUGAUAAUAUUAUGAGAUAUUACAGUAGUCCAGAUACAAGUGAAUUUAGUACAAUUGAUGAUUACACAUUAUAUCAUUCAAGUAAUAAUAAUAUACCACAAAUUCAUAUAGAAAAUAUAACAUCAAGUUUAGAUAGAAAAUCAUUUAAAAAAAAAACAAAAUAUCAUUAUGAUAAUGAUAUAUAUGAACCAAGAGCUAAAAGUUUUGAUUGUUAUGAUGUACAUUGUGACAUUGAUAUACCAAGAAGAGCUAGAAGUGUUGAAUAUGAUGCAAUAUCAAAUAUAUUUAGUGAUGAUAGUUUACGUACUGCUAGACAAAAAGUUAAAAAUAAUCUUUCAAAUAGCGGUGAAGAUUUACCAACAAUGAAUGAUCAUAGUAAAUCAUAUUAUGAUUCAUCAAAUUGUCAUGAUGAUAAUAUAUUAAAUUUAAAUAAUAAUUAUCAUGAUAAUAAUUGUUUUUAUAAUUAUAAAAAUUUAAUUGAAAUGAAAGAUGAACAAGCUAAAAACUUAGAACAACAUCUUUAUAAUUUACUUGAAAAUAAUCACAAUUAUUAUGGUUCAAAUGAUGGUGGUGAUGAUACAUUAAAUCAAUGUCAAUGUUUAUAUAAUAUUUUAGAUGUUAAUUAUGAUAAUAUUGAUAAUAAACAAAUGAAAAAUAAUAAUAUUGAUAUUGAUGAUGAUGAUAAUAAUUAUCGUAAAAAGGUAAAUAGAGAUUCAUUUCGUCGUAGAAGAGCUAAAAGUAGUGAUUCAUAUCUUGAAGAAAUGUCUCAUUAUAAUAGUGGUAUAAAUAAUAAUAACUGUGAAAGAUCAAGUAGUUAUUCUGAUCAUAUUGAAAUACAUGAUAAUAAUAAUUACAGUGAAAAUAGUAAAAGACGUAGACAUACAACUGACAGUCAGCAACAAUUAAUAAAUUUUGGUAAAAAAAAAAAAUCAAGUUUAACUGUACCAAGUUUUUAUGAAAGUAAACGUAUGAUGAUUGAACGUGCUGAAUCAACACCAAUGCUUGUACCAGAUGAACAAGAUAUUGAAAAUAGUUGGGAAUAUGCCAGAAGAAUGUCAAGAAGAAGAAGAAGAAAUAGUAGUUGUCCAGAGACACGUGAUAUUAAAAAUAUUGAUGAGGCUGAAUCAUCAACAAAUUUUUUUAUGGUUUCAGAUGAAGAUUUUGGAUCUGUUGAAACAGUUGUAUGUCAAAAUUAUCGUAAUGAAAAUAGCUCAAUAAUAAAUACAGAUAAUAAUGAAAAUAAAAAUAAUUAUAAUGAUGAUAAUAUUAAUUAUCAAUUUAAAACUGAUAGAUCAAGUUCAUAUCCAUGUACAUCAAUAUCCGAUAAUGAUGAUUAUGAAUUUAAAAAUCGUAAAACAAGUUGUCCAGAAUGUUAUGAUUUAUCAUAUAAUAAUACUAAUAAUAAUAGAUCAAUAAAUAAUGAUAAAAAAAAAAAGAUAAUUGAUUAUCAAUGUGGUAAAAGAAAUGUUGCAAUAAGUGAUACACUUGAAUAUUAUGAAUAUUCAAUGGAUAGUGAAAGUCAGUGUAGUGAUAACUGCGGAUUUGGCUUGUAUGACACAUCUAGACCCUGUAAUAAAGCACCCCACCCCGGUAAAGCUAAUUCAAAUGUCUUUGAUUCCCAAACCGCCAUUUCCAACACUGCUAAAAACCCACGGACCAACGUACACAAUGAUACAACUACCCCAACGACAACAACAACUACGACAACAACAACAACAACAUCAUCAUCAACAACAACAACUACAUGUAAACGUGACAAAAAUGACAAUGCUGAUAAUAUGGAUAAUCAUGCUGGAACAAUUGAUGCUAAACAACGAUCUGAAUCUAGUGAUUAUGCUAGUCCUGGUGGUUCAUAUGAAAAAAAUACAAGGCAUCCAGUGACAGGAAGUAAUCAUAAUGGUCAUCAAAAAAGAGGACAAUUUUCUAGAAGUCUUAGUAAUGCUGAUGUACCACCAGAUGAAAAAACUGCAGAUGGAAGUUUAAGUGAUACAGCAGUUGGUCUUCAUGUUGAAGAGGCUAAUAGAAGAGUAAGAAAAAAUUCACCUGGAAGUAAAAGUGGAAGUGGAAGUAGUAGUGGUGGUGGCAGUGCAGUUCAAUACCAGGCUGGUCUUGGAAAAAAAAGCAACAGUACAAGUCAACUAUCUGCGACAGAGUGUGGCGUGGUUGGUGUUGGUGCGGAUACAAGGACUACUGGUUUAACAAGCAGAAAAAGGAACAGCACACCAAGCAGUUUUCAACGUUCCCAGGAGGUUGUACCAACUUAUCAACGACUUGGUGCAAGUAGCAAGGCUGGUUCAGUUGCAAGUGACACCGCUGGAUCACUCAACUCAAUUUCAAGUUCAGAAGCAAGCUCUUGGUCUCCGUGCAUGAGAACGGCAGCUGAGGGUGGUCAAUUGAGUGAAUUUAUUGAUGGUCUUGGACCAGGUCAAUUGGUUGGUAGACAAGUACUUGGUGCAUCUUCACUUGGAGACAUUCAAUUAGCCCUGAAACAUACAAAAAAACAUCUUGAAGUUGAAGUUGUUAGAGCUAGAGAUCUUCAAGCUAAACCUGGCAGUAAAGUUCUUCCAGCACCUUGGGUAAAAGUUUACCUAGUUAAUGGAAAAAAAUGUAUUGCAAAAGCAAAAACAACAACAGCUAGAAAAACACUUGAGCCAUUUUAUCAACAACCACUUUCAUUUAGAGAAGAUUAUCAUGGCUGUAUAUUACAAGUGGUUGUUUGGGGUGACUAUGGUCGAUUAGAAGCAAGAAAAGUAUUUAUGGGUGUUGCACAAAUAAUGCUGGAUGAUCUUAAUUUGAGUGAAAUUGUGUUUGGCUGGUACAAGCUCUUCGGCACCACUUCUUUGUGAAAUCAAUGGAGCUCGAGUGAACGUCAGACAGACAUAAACUCGAAUGUCGUGUGUAAAAAUAAAGUGUGACAAAAAAAAAAACUAAUAUUCAAAAAAUUUUAAGUGUCAACUAUCCAAGUGAACCAAAUUAAUGUAAAAAAAAAAAAAAAACUUAAAACUUUUACAAUGAAUAAAUAAAUUAAAAUACAUAAAAGAAGAAAAUAAAAAAAAUUCGCGAGUGAAGUCGUGAUAAACUAAGAUAAAAAUUACAGAAAAAAAAUAAUAUAAAUAAAUUCAAGUAAUUGAGAAACUUUGCAGUAAUAUCUGCACAGUGGUCGUGAACCUCAUAACAUAAAUAUGAAACCUCACUUUAUUUGUAUAUAAUAAUAAUUGAGACAAGGUUUUUAAUUUUAGAAAAAAAAAAUUAAUUUAUUGAUGAAUGAGCGAGCGAAAUAAUAUGUUAAAUAAGUUUUUUAAAAAACUUCAUUAUUCUUUAAUUCAUAUUUAAAAUAAUAAUUUACAUCGUGUGCUCAUGUCAUUAAAAUUUAUUGUCGUUUAUUGUUUUAAAAAAAUGAGAAAAAUCUCUUUUUUAAUUUUAAUUUUUUAUUUAUUUAAAUUGUGUGUAAAUAAUUGUACGAGCUCGAAGAAGAAAGACUUUGCGUGAUUGCAAAAAUAAAAAAAAAUAAUUAGUCUCUUUGAAAAUAAUAAAUAAAUAAAUAAAAAGUUGGAUCAAUUAAGUAAAAUCGUUGACUCACGUACAAUUAACUGCCUGAGUAUUAGAUUUAUCAUUCUUAUUUUUAAAUAUUAUUAAAAUCAUAAUAACAUUGUUUUCCUAAGACAUCAUAUAUAGCAAGUACCAUUGAACAACUCAUGAAAUAUUGACAAAAUAAAUAAAAAAAAAAUUAAACGAAUUGUCAUAAAUGUUUGUACUUUAUUGUAUAGCUUUUAACUGUCAUAUUAAACAUAAAUAAAAAAAAAAAAAUCUAUGCUCGCACGUCGAUAAGAGAAUCAUUAUUAUAAAAUUAAUUAUUUGGAAAAUAAUAUUUUUUUUAUUGAUAAUUUCUCAAUUUUAGAAGAAACAAAAAAUAUAUAUAUAAUUAUAAAACAACGCGAUUGUGAAUGAUGGCAAAGGAAGUAUCUUAUCAUAUCUAUAAAAUGCUUAAAUUAGAAAUGAAACAAAAUAUAUUUAAAAAAAUUAUUAACAACAAAACAAGGAGGAUUUUUUACUCAUAAUAAAAUUACUGAUUGUAGAGUCGUAAAAAUCAAGAUUUCAAAAAUAUAUUAUAUAACAAUUAUUGAUUGAAAGAUUGUAAGUAUACAUAUUGUGAAAAAAAAAAAAAGACAGGAUCUAAAAAAAAAAUAAUAAUGAUUUACAAAUAAGCAGAAUUUCUAAGUAAAAAUUUUUGCAAAAUGGGCGUGGGAGAAUUAUAGUCACAGGGGGUCAAAUAAAUGAAAAUUUAAAAUUAAAAAAAAAUGAAAAACUAAUAGAAAAAAAUAAUUGACAUUGGAUAAUUAUACGAGAGACUAAUUUAAUAUUAUAAAAAAAAAUGUUCAGUCUGUAAACCGCCACAAUUGACGCGUCUCACAUUAUUCCCUGCAAAUUUUCCUUCAAAUUUUUAAUUCAUGAUGAUAUAAUAAAACUAAAAAACAAAUAAAAUUAAAUAAACAAUUGAGAUUUUGCGGCGAAUACAAUGAUGUGGACUGGUUAACGCUUGAAAUAAUAAAAUAAUAAAUAAAUAAAAAACAUAAAAUAUUGCAUAUCCUAUAAUGAGAAGUAGAACUUUGAUAUCUUGGUAGAAAAAUUAAAAAAUAACAAAAAAAUAUAAAUAAUUUAAAAAAAAAACAAAAAUGAAAUACUUUAUUAAACUUGAAAGAAAAAGAAAUUGUUUAAAUUUUUUCUUAGAUUUUUCUACGAUGGAAUGCACUUGUAUCCGUGAAGUAACGACAAAAGCAUGCUGGAGAAGAUUCGUGGAAAAAAAAAAAUUAAUAAAUUAAUUUGGAAAAAUAGAAAAAAAAAAUAAUUAACUUUGAAAUUUUAAAUACACAAAUUUCCAAAAAACAAAAAAAAUGUUCAUUAUGCACUAUCAUAUGUUGCACGUAUCAUUAAAACUGCACUUUGCUGAUAAUUAUAACGAGCAAAUGGUCACAAUGCAUGAUUAAAUUAUUAAAAAAAAAUAAAAAACACACACAAGUAAUAAUAUUCUUCGUUCUAAUAAAGGCAAAGUGUUAUUGUAAAAUGUACAAUGAAAUUUAUUAGAAAGAAAAACAUUGAAAAUUAAACUACAUUAUAAUUUGUUUUAAAAAAAAUAUCAAAAUCUUUUUGAAUGACAGAAAGACUGCCUGUUUUUAUCAUAAAAAAUAUAUUAUUUUCGAAAAAACACAAAUGGAGGGAUUAAAAAAAGAAACAUUGUAAUAUUUAAUUUAAAUAAUUUCUACCCUUGCCUUGUCGAUUUGUAAAUAGGCAUGCUCAAUUCGUAAACCCGGCGGUGAAUCAUGGAUACAUUUAAAUUAAAUUAACAGAAAGACGAGACUAAUUAAAAAAAAAACUUUAAAAAAUGGAAAUAAUAAUUAGAAAAAAUAAUUAUAUCCAACUUUGUACCUAUAAGUUAUGACAUAGUAAAACCUGGGUUAAAAUAAAAAAAAAAAAA